AUGGAACCCGCAGCAACGUCGACAGAUGAUGACGACAGUCAACUGUCUUCAUUGCCUCCUAAUAAUGAUGACCACGAGGUAACGGAUGAAGAUAUAGCAGGGCUACUCCGUCAAAGGCCGCAUACUGUACCUCAUGCUGAGAUUCUUCGCGCGGUUUACGAUCGUGUCAAUGACGUAUCUAGUACACUGCGUACGCGCGCACUCGCUAUACUUACAGAUUGCGUAGCCAGUGAACGUCCACCAAUGAAGGAGGCUCUACGGGUAUUUAGAAUAUUUUUUUCUUUUUUAUUUUAUUUAAAUAAAUUAUUUUAUUUUAUUUUUAUUAAUUAUUAA